CACGCGAUUAUAAAAAUUUCGACACCAGUCCCCUGAUUCUAGCCUGGCGAGGUUACAAACAAACCAACAUGUCGGCAUUUUCCUGACUUGUAGAAAUAUUUGCGACCAUUGUGGGGAUUCAGACUCUAGAACACCGUCGUAAAAUGAUGAGGACACCUUCCAAAACACAGAGAACCUUCUUUUGUAUUCUAGGCAUUGGUUCUACUUUUUUUUCAGCUACACUUUUUCUUACCUUACUGUCGAUGUUUCGACCACCAUUCACAGCUAAUCCCAGUACAGAGACAAACGAAAGUAAAAGUUAUGAGCUACAUUUUCCAAGUGACCUUGAGGAUCUGAAGUCUUUAGCCAGUCUAUUGAAGCAAUACAGACAAGAUAAUUUUGGUUAUGUGAUUCUGCUGUUCUGUAGUGCAUAUUUAUACAAACAGACAUUUGCCAUUCCAGGGUCUGUUUUUAUGAAUUUGUUAGCUGGUGCAAUAUUUGGUAUGUGGGUUGGAUUUCCAUUGGUUUGCACCUUGACUGGAUGUGGAGCCACAUUUUGUUUUCUGUUAUCUAAAGCGUUUGGAAAAGUGCUUUUACUUCAAUAUUUUCCAGACAAAAUCCAGGCCUUGCAGGGCAAGGUCCAAGAGAACCUUGAUGGUCUGUUUUUCUUUUUAUUAUUCUUGAGAUUGUUUCCUAUGUCUCCCAACUGGUUCCUAAACAUGUCAUCGCCAAUUUUGGAAGUACCCAUUACACAUUUCUUUUUCUCAGUUGUAAUUGGUCUGAUGCCAUACAAUUUCAUAUGCUGUCAAACUGGUUGUAUUUUGUCACAGUUGACAUCUCUAGAUAAACUGUUUACUUUUAAUGUUGUCAUCAAGCUCUGCGGCAUAGCUGUUAUGGCAUUAUUACCUGGUUUAAUUGUCAAGAAACUUCACAAAGCCAAAAAAUCCCAUUCUGAUUGACUAGAUUGCUGCAAUUUUUUAAAAAAUUUUAUGAAAAUUAUCUUUUAGGGAAUGUGAAAAUAUGAAUUUUUUGUAGUAUUUAUGAAUUGAGAAUAAAAACUUUUCUCAAUGUGCGGAAGAUUUGGUGGUCAUCAACAUCUUAAUUAUUAUAUGUGUCCUAAUUGUGCUAAUAAAAAUUAUUGAGACAAUUAUUUAAAAUGAAAGCAGAACAUGUACUUUAUGCCAAAAAAGAAAUAAAUUAUAUUAAAAGCUUCUUUAUUCUUGUAUACAGAAUGUUUAUUCUUGAUGAUAUGUUAAAGAUUGUUCACAUCAGAGACAUGACACUUAUCUUAAAAACUGUUUGUGGAAAGUUUUCCCAUUCUAUGAAUUAUUUGCAAAAACAAAAUAAGUUAAAGGGUCUUUUAUUGAAGAAAUGAUGUAUUUACUUUUAUAUGAUAGCUUGAAUUAUAUUAGUUAAUUAGUUCUUACUUACAUGAUCUAUUAGAGGACAGAAUGAUAGGCGAUGUCAGCAUUAACCACACACCACUCUUAUAUCUUGUAACAUGGAUUCCAUGUUGCCGUGGGUCUCACAGGACACGCUUCAAUGUGUUUGGAACAUUUGUGACACACUCGGUUGUGCCUCAAUCAUGCGCCAAGUUUUUCUUUCUUACACAUUCCGAUGUAAUCUGUCAUCUAUUACUGAACAUGGAGUGUAUUUAUAAUUUUUGUUUUCAGUUCAAAUUAAUGAAUAUUUAAAUAAAUGAAAAAAAUUAAUGAUUGAGUACACGAAUGAAUGCGGGAAAGAAAAUAAUGAAUUGAAUUGGGUGAAUGAAUGGUUGAAUGGGAGUGACUAAACUUCUUGGUAUUUACUGCAUAAUGAGUAAAUCUCUUACGUUACAUGAUUGCCGA